AUGAACACAAAACAGAUUUUUUUUGUUAUUUUUAUCAUCUCAAUGGUAGCCACUGCUUACUCCAGAACUUUAAAGAAACGUGACUUACAAGAAGUUGAAGACAACGAAGCACUUUACACCUCACACGGUAAUUAUGGAGGAGGUGGCGGUGGUGGAGGUGGUCAUGGACAUGCCACAUCAUAUCAAAGUUAUGUGUUACAUGCCUUCCACCCAUCUAAAUUCCAUGUUAAAGACCAUUGA